AGCCUCUCUUGAACGCAUUUUAGUGGUUAUAAAGAGGAGUGGGGCUGCUCUGUGCACUGUGCACAAGGUAUUCAAGCUGUCUUCAAUCCACACUUGUGAGUAUACAUUUCCAACUGACUUCAGCCUUUGCUUUUAGAAGGUUCAAUUGAUGGGACUGACAGGACAAUGACCUCCACCCCAGGGACCAGCUACACCUUGAUUCCCAAUCAGAAAUACAGACGCAGCACCCGUCGCUCCAGAAAGGGCUGCAACCCCUUGGACACAGACUCCCAAUCUCUGUCAACACUUGGAUAUUUUCAAACACUUCCACUAGAGAUCUUUCAAAUGAUAUUGAAUUAUCUUUCAGUGAAGGAUAUCAGCAUGCUGAGCAUGGUGUCGAAAACCAUCAGCAGCCACCUUAUGAAUUACAUCUCAACCUCAGCAGGAAACCAAAGGCUCUUACUGCGAGACUUCCAUAACCUUGAGCUACCUGGCAAGGGAGAAGGAUCCUAUAUUUUAGAGCACUACAAAUCUCUAGGAUUGUUGCUUAAAAGAUGCACGCUUCUCCUGCCUACUAAAGAGAGGCUGAAGUACAUACACAAGGUUCUCUCAGGAGUUUCCUGUUUCAAACUUAAUGGUUGUCCAAGUCCUCUGCAUUGUCUGGGAUUACAGUGCUAUGGGGUAUUUUUACAGAUCCUAACAGCAGGCUGGGAUGUACUGGAGUGUCACCGGGUUUUUAACUUCCUCUGGGAGCUGAGCAAUUUAGGCCGUAAAGUACAGACAGUUGUGAGCAGCAAACCAGGAAGUGCCCAGAAGCUGGAGCUGAGGAUCAGGUUGUACUGUCGCAGAGUCUUGUUGAACCACUGGAUUCAUCGCAGCGACUCCGCGUUCUGGCUGACCCGAAUUUUGAAGCCAUGGCCCAUGGUGAACCAAGCUCGCCUGCUGUACAUCAUCUUUGGGCCAGUGUCCUCUCUUGAUGGACAUGUGCUUUGGCAGAAAAUGAUACAAGGACCAACAGAUGAAGCCAGCCUGAAAGGUCUAGCAGAGGCUAUUAAACUGCUGUAUGAUGCAGGAGCUAGAGAAUGGACAGCAGACGACGUCAUCAGUCUUGUGGAUGAGCUGUCAGUGGUUCCCAGGGAGUGGCUCAUGGAGAACAAUGCUCGGCUGCUCGUUCUGAGUGGAAACAACAUCUGCUUCACGUUUAUGGCCACUAAAGCUGUGAACGGGCGAGUGGCUGAGUUAGCCAGGCUCAUGGUGUUCCUGACCUUGGUCUGUGAGAAGGACCUGUACUGCAUGGACUGGGCAGUAAAAAUGAUGCAGAAGGUCUGCAAAGUUUUCAGCACUCCAGUGGAGAGAAAGUACUUCCUACAGUGUCUGGAGAAUGCCUUUGCUCACCUCAUCAUCGACAUGCUCCAGGCAGUGCUGUCUGGGGAUCGUGACGAAGAGGACAGCAGCUUCUUGAACUUGUUUCACCUUGUCAACGCACAAGCGAACUUCCAUAAAGAAAUCCUGUGCCUGAGCAUGGUCAGCCCCAGCAGCAGCACCGCCUGACGCUCCGGGUGUGCCGGACUCUGCUCAGAUCCUGCUGGGAUUUUCCAAAGCAUUUUUUUUUUCCUAAGCAUUUUUCAAAGCAGUAUCCAAUUAUUUCUGGAACUUCCAUUCCAGCAGGAGCUGGAGUGGCAGCGGGAGGAGCCAGAGACACAUCAGCCCAGUGGAAUGAGCUCAUGGAGCUGCUGGGACCUCGCAGUGGAGCUCUGGGCCUUUGGCUGCUCUGUGGCAGCACUGAGGAAGGCACUGGGGGCCUCUCCUUUGGGAACAUACCCUGCAUUCCUUUCCCACUGUGGCUGUUUGCAUACACAAUAAAAAUGACACAGUUUCCACGUUUGAAGGGCACACACAAAUUGAAGAAUGUUAUCUUAGUUCAGAACCAAAAAUAUUUGGAUCUUUCCAUUUUGCUUUCCCUUGGGAAUCGGAGGAGAAAGAGGCAGAUGUAAGCAGAGAAGUGCAGCUACACUGAAGAGGUCUCUCUCACUACCUCUUAAUCCUGGGACAGAAGCACUCUCUAUAUUCCACAUCCCACUUUAGCAGGAAGAGGUGAUUCCUGAAAGCCUUUGAUCAGGCAAGGCAAUCCCCCCUCAAACCACAGGCACCUUCUAACCAUAAACCAAGAAACUUCAGAUCCCUCUGCCUGCCUUGUGUGAGAAGCGAGCUGUUGAAGGGUUGUUGUAGGACUUAGCUGAGUUGUAGAUACAUGUUAAACCCACGUAGGCUAAGAUCACUGUUUCAUUAAGGUACAUAAAUGUUUGCUCCUUAGGAAAGGUUUUGGUUCUCUCCUAUAUUGCCUUC